CUCCGGCCCGGCUAGCGCUACGGGCACCUGUUUCCGGGCGGGCCUCCAGAGGCCGGCGCACAAGAUGGCGGCCUUGGCGGCCUAGAGAAGGCGGCCGCGGCUCGGCCGUGGGCUCUAGCGCGGGGCUGGAGGCCGGAGACAGACUUCGCCCAGGUGACGGGUAGUAGGGGCGGCGACGUCAGGUCUCGUGGGGUGCAACACCCGUUUGCUGCUGCCCCCGGACCCUGCCGCCACACCAGUCCUGCCUCCGGACGGAACCGAAAGAAGGUCAGGCCCGGCUGCUCCGCCCCGUCCUUCCUUCCUCCGGGGCGGUCACUGUGCGUGGCUCACUUAAGAGUUUACUUUAACCACGUGGAGCGCCCAUGGCAGCCUCUCAGGUCCUGGGGGAGAAGAUUAACAUCCUGUCGGGAGAGACUGUCAAGGCUGGAGACAGGGACCCCCUGGGGAACUACUGUCCCGAGCAAGAUAGGCUCCCCCAGCGCUCCUGGAGGCAGAAGUGCGCCUCCUACGUGUUGGCCUUGAGGCCCUGGAGCUUCAGUGCCUCACUCACGCCGGUGGCCCUGGGCAGUGCCCUGGCCUACAGAUCCCACGGUGUCCUGGAUCCCAGGCUCUUGGUGGGUUGUGCCGUGGCUGUCCUGGCUGUGCACGGGGCCGGUAAUUUGGUCAACACUUACUAUGACUUUUCUAAGGGCAUUGACCACAAAAAGAGUGAUGACAGGACACUUGUGGAUCGAAUCUUGGAGCCCCAGGAUGUCGUACGGUUCGGAGUCUUCCUCUACACGUUGGGCUGCUUCUGUGCCGCUUGCCUCUACUACCUGUCCUCUCUGAAACUGGAACACUUGGCCCUCAUCUACUUUGGAGGCCUGUCUGGCUCCUUUCUCUACACAGGAGGAAUUGGAUUCAAAUACGUGGCUCUGGGAGACCUCAUCAUCCUCAUCACUUUUGGCCCGCUGGCUGUGAUGUUCGCCUACGCCAUCCAGGUGGGGUCCCUGGCCAUCUUCCCACUGGUCUAUGCCAUCCCCCUUGCCCUUAGCACCGAGGCCAUUCUGCAUUCCAACAACACCAGGGACAUGGAUUCCGACCGGGAGGCUGGCAUCGUCACACUGGCCAUCCUCAUCGGCCCCACGUUCUCCUACAUUCUCUACAACACGCUUCUUUUCCUGCCCUACCUGGUCUUCAGCAUCCUGGCCACGCACUGCAGCAUCAGCCUGGCGCUCCCCCUGCUCACCAUUCCCAUGGCCUUCUCCCUUGAGAGACAAUUCCGAAGCCAGGCCUUCAACAAACUGCCCCAGAGGACUGCCAAGCUCAACCUCUUGCUGGGACUUUUCUACGUGUUUGGCAUCAUUCUGGCACCAGCAGGCAGUCUGCCCAAACUUUAAGGGGACCAGUGGCUCCCCCCACAACAUAUCCCCGUUUCUUAGAAUGUAUUGAAGUCAGAGUCUCCGAGGAAGGAAUGUGAUUUGGCAGUCAGGGUACUAAGCAUGGUGGGAACUCCCACCUUUUAAAAAUUGUUUUUGUGUUCUAAAAGAUAAUAUGUUGUUUUUCUGUUUGUUUUGUUUUUUUCCAUUUUAUGGGAAAUUUAAAAAUCAUUCUUGUAUUAGAAGGUGAAUUGGACGCAUGGUCCUUGUUUUAUUAAUAAUUUCCACUAGAGGGUGUUCUCAGGUCACUUUGCAGUGAAGUUCCUCUUUGUUUAGUACAAAAUGUCCCCAGACUUUGUAAAGGAGCUGCCCAGUUUGGCCUUCUCCCCCAAAAAGGCCCUAAUAACUAGGCAGAGUGUCGUCCUGCUUUCUUGGUCUUGUAUGAUGUGGUGUGAUUGGUGUCAGGCACACUACCACAGGGGCUACCUGUCUCUCAUUCUUAGCACCCGUGUCUUGCGGCAUGCUGCCUAAGAGAGAGUCCCUCAUUAACAGCCUGUGUGGCUGUCAGCUUUUUGCCUACAUUGCAAUUCAGGUCUUUUGUUCCGCUCUCCUUUCACUUAUUGCCACAGUUGAGGAAAAGUGUCAGAUUACCCUGCAGCAAGACAGUCAAGCCCAGGACUGGGAAGAAAAAAGACCACCCUGGAGGCAAUGGAGAAAAUCACUGCUUUUGGAUAGAAAUCAGUAGGGUGGCUGUUUUCCCUUUGUUGAAUCUACCAGAGUGACAGGAAGGACUCCCAGCCCUUUGAGUAACUAUCAGGAGCCCCGAAACAGUAGAGGCACUGCCAUCCUUGUGGGAUACUGAAAGCCCAGAGGGCUUUUCCCUCCGGAUUGCAUCUUCUAAUGUUCUCCACGCCCACCCUCCACCUCUCCACCUCUGUGAUGUUCCCAUUUGUGUAUUUCCCAUCUGUGGAGCCAGACUAUUUGAGCAACAGCUUAGCAGCCAGUCAGGGACAGCUGCCACUUUCCACAGAGCCACAGGAUAGGCGACGCAGGGAUCCAGUGAAUGACUAGCCAAUGGAUAAGCAAGUCCUGACCUCUGUUCAGCCAGAGUGACGGGCCCUGCCAGUGAAGGGACUGUGUCUUCAUCCCUGAAGACAUGUGCAGUAUUGACCCUGCCUGUCCCGGGGACUUUGUGGAAAGAUAGUUGAGGGCUUCAGUGAGGUCACACCCAGAGUGGGGCAGUUCCAGCAUUUAUCCUGGCUGCGUGUCAUUGCAUUGCCUGUGAAGUGUAAUUACUAGGCCAGAAUUGCUCAGUCGCAUUUGAUCCAGGACUAAAAUAGAUUGAAAACAGUCAUCAUUGUUUUUUCUUGUGAUUAUAGCCAUUCUUGUAGGUAUUUCAAGGUCUUGGCCUGCAGAAAAUAAUGUAAGAACUAGUUCUUAAUUUUUCAGAUCCAAGCUGAUUAUGAUGUGGAACCUCGAGUUCGAAUUGAUUGACUUACUUGGAAAAAAAAUGUGUUUGAAAAUUGCAAAAGUGGGAGGCUGAGGCAGGAGAAUUGCUUGAACCUAGGAGGCGGAGGUUGUGGUGAGCCGAGAUCGCGCCAUUGCACUCCAGCCUGGGUGACAAGAGCGAAACUCUGUCUCAAAAAAAAAAAAAAAAAAAAAAAAAAAGAAAAAGAAAAUGGCAAAAGUUCCUCUAAAGUUAAAUCAAAGGUGGUUUGUCUAGCAGAGAGCCAGAAUCUUCUGGUAGUGGGUAGAGUCCAGGGAUAAGGGAAAGAAAGAUGACCCUUCUCCCCAUCCUUCCCAGCACCAUUUUCGUUUCACACCAGGCUUGUGGCUUUUUGGUGCUCACAGGGGUUUUGCCUUCUGACCUCUCCUUAGAGUAGGCCACUCUCAUGCAGGGCAUACCCUGAAGCUGGAGGACCAAGGGCUCCCUGCGUCCACGCACCACGUAUGCCUUGGUGGUCACUCCCAUCCAGGCUUCCAGCUCUGCACUGUGCCCUGGUGUGGAUUUUAAUGCAUAUUUUUAUAUAUAAAUGUUCCCAAAGGCCAAAUUUGGUGCCAGGUUUUAUAUGCAGGUCACCGUAAUUUAUAUUAUGUCCCCUGCGUCAAUGAAGGUUUUCUUUAGACUUCUUAAUUAAAAAAAGAAGGAAGAAAGUGUUCA